CUCAGCGUAUUCUCCCAGAAUUCAACAGGCAACAAAGGGAGUGAGCAAGAGGCCGACUGGAAGUAUGAGCUUGAAAAGACAAAAUUUAAAAGAUUGCUGUUGAACAUUUACAGUAAAAUAUAUAAAAGACCAUAGAUAAAUCGAGGACUAUUUCAACGCACUUUUAUUUAGUUUUGAUAGGUAUGGUGGCUUCCACAAUAUGUUUUUGAGUGCUAAGCUAGCUUGCUAGCUAGCCGACUGGCUAAGCUAACUAGCUAGCAGGCUUGUUCAGGUCUUUUCCUUCUUCAAAAUAUAUUUUUCAGAUGUGUUAAAGCGCCAACCUUACAUUAUUACCAAUAAUGCAUAUUAUCAUCUGUAAACAGCGGAUGAGUUCUCUCCGGUGUUUAUGACCAGCUGUCUCCAGCCUGAUGGGAGGACUCUGUGGAUAGCAGCAUCAUCAUCAUCAGGACCCCAGGUGGAGAGCAGCUACCCCGUCCCAUGCCCUGCUCCCCGCCCUGGCCAAGGAGGGCUUUUCAGAAUGAAGAAAAUCAGUCUUAAGACCAUCCGCAAAUCCCUCAACAUCAAUAAGGGCAAGGAGGACGGAGGGGGCGACUUUGUUAUGCUUCAGCAGGCCUCACUUGUGGCCAAGGAGGACUCUCUCUUCGGGGGCUGCUACACCAAAGACCUGGCGGGCUGCGACAUAAGCGGUGGGGGUGGAGUGGGGGAAGAGGAGAAGGUGGGACAGAACAAGGGCCGUUCUAAGAGCGAGAGUCUGAUGGGUUCUCUGAAGAGAAGGCUAUCGGCAAAGCAGAAGGCCAAGGUCAAAGGUGGCCCGAUCACCACGGGGUCAGUGGACGACGACGAUGCCUUCUCCUCUUCUUCUGUACCCAUAGGUUUAAAUGAGGUCAAGGCCCAGCGGCCGUUACGAUCUGCUUCCCUCAGGAGCCACCAUUACAGUCCCUCCCCAUGGCCCCUGCGCUCCGUUAACUCAGAUGAAGCCUGCAUCAAGAUGGAGGUCAAAGUUAAAGCCAUGGUCCACUCCCCAAGCCCCAGCCCCAGCCUGAAUGGCGUGCGGAAGGAGUUCCAUCACCAUGACUUCCAGAUGGAGGGCAUCUUUCAGGAACAGGCAGAGUCCCUGAAGAACCUCCAGCAGCCCCGUAACGGGGACCAUCUGCACCUGAACGUUGACGAGCACGUGCCAGUGGUCCUGGGCCUCACACCACAGGACUACAUUCAGUACACCAUGCCUUUAGAUGAGGGAAUGUAUCCAGAGGGGUCCCACUCUGUCUCCCACUCCUUUUGCCUGGACAGGUCCUCACCCAUGGAGGUGGUGACCGAGGUGGACCGUAGCUCCUUCCACCUCCACGUCGAGCACCCGAGUCAGGAGGACCAGAGUCUGGUGAGUAUGAACCUGAACCUCCCGGUGGACCUCUUCAUGGAGUCACAGUCGAUGAACAGCCUCGUAAUGGGCUCUACUGGCGUGACGCUCCAGAGCUCCCGGGACAGGGUGGAGGCCCAACAGCCCCCUCCUCCCCCGCUCUCCCCUCUCCUGCCCCCGUUACCCAGCAUCGACAUCCCCAGGACGUACUCUGAGUUCAGCGGGGCUGACGGCCACGUGGCGGAGCGGGUGAGACACCACCUAAACUUUGACCCCAACUCUGCACCGGGGGUUGGCCGGGUUUACGACUCGGUCCAGAGCAGCGGGCCCAUGGUGGUGACCAGUCUGACUGAGGAGUUGAAAAAGCUAGCGCGACAGGGUUGGUACUGGGGACCCAUCACACGCUGGGAGGCUGAGGAAAAGCUGGUCAAUCUGCCCGAUGGCUCUUUCCUGGUCAGGGACAGCUCGGACGACAGGUACCUCCUCAGCCUGAGCUUUCGCUCCCAGACCAAGACCCUCCACACCCGCAUCGAACACUCCAACGGACGCUUCAGCUUCUACGAGCAGCCUGACGUGGAGGGACACUCGUCCAUCGUGGACCUGAUAGAGUACUCUAUCAAAGAUUCAGAAAACGGAGCCUUCUGUUAUUCUAGAUCUCGCUUACCAGGGUCCGCUACCUACCCAGUCAGGCUGACCAAUCCGGUGUCUCGGUUUAUGCAAGUGCGUUCCCUGCAGUACCUGUGUCGGUUUGUCAUCAGGCAGUAUACCCGGAUCGACCUGAUUCAGAAUCUGCCUUUGCCAAACAAGAUGAAAGACUACCUGCAGGAGAAGCACUACUGACAGUGUUGACGCAGAUGUGAGAUGGGACAGAGAAUGGUAGCAACUUGCACUUUUGCGUUCGGUUUAAGAGAUUUAACAAAGGUUUACGGGCAUCCCUAGUGUCGAGAUGAUCAAUUAGGUUCCUUUGGCUCCUUGUUUGUGUCCAAGGAUGUAAGAUGGAUCCUUAUUUCAUAUGUAGUGCAUUACUAGCACAAAAGUGAACUAGCCAAUAUUGGGAAAAAGGUGCCAUUUCAUAUUAACCCCUGGUGAUUUUUGUCAUUCCACAGUUAAGAUUGUUGUCGCACGGACUGUUUUUUGCCAAACCUCCAGAGGCCAAUCAUAGAAUGUAGUAUAAAAAAUUAUUCUGCCAGUAUGCAGCGUGAUUAGGACAUACAGCAAACAUACUUUAGCAAAGGUGAGAUACAGAGAUGAAUAUUUAUCUCCCCAGUACCUGUAGGAGAGUGGUACUCAGCCUAUUUAAUAACAUCAAUGUUCUGCCUUCUGACUCAAAUUUACAUAUUAAAAAUGUGGUUUCACUUCUGGCUUUGGUUUGACAUCUUAAAAGGCUGCAGUGGAUUACAUUAAAUAUGUUGGCUGAUGUUGGGGACAGAUUUGGCACAUUAGACAAUUCAUUUGAACCUUUUCCAACAACGCUAAAUGUAUCAGGGUGUAUCUUCCAGUGUUUUAUUUUACAACAAAUAAAGUAACAAGAAAGUACCUUGCUGUGAUUUUCAACUAAAACAGUCCAUUUUCAAAUGGUCUUGGAAUUUCACAAUAAAGACUUUUACUUGGACUGUAGGCAAGUGGCCGAAGGAGAAAAUAUUUCUCUAUCCGAGAAUAGUUUGGAACUCUUAGACAGGCCAAAACCUAAACCCCUGAUAACAGGCUGAAAUUUCACAUGGUCUUUUGAACUAGGUCUUAUGUAUUUUCUUCACAAUUUCACCUUAUGUUCAAUAGUGUGUAGGAAACACAUUUUUGACUGCACUGGGCCUUCAAACAAACUACAGAUGAAGCACUAAUGCAGAUUAAAUUAAGGACAAGUGUUUUAGGCAUCAAUUAUUUGUCCUCUUAAUUUAUGACUUUAGAAACGGUGCUUUAAACGAUUUAUUUGUCAUCCAUCAAGUUGGUUAAUGACAACUAAUUGGAGGUGUAAGUUGUGUGAUACCUGUAACUGUAAAGGUACCAUUAGAAAACAUAAAAGCUGGUUUCUGUGAUGCCAUGCAUUUCCACAUAAGUUUUGCAGCAGUAUGACUUGCAAAUGCCAGUAAUGAAUAAUUAUUUUGAUAAACUUUUAAAUGCUUUUGUAUUAGGAGUCUGUCACAAAAGCUCUGCUAGGACACAUUAAUAAAUGGCGUGUUAAGUACAGUGUGUUUGGCUCUGCGUGCCAAGAACAAGUGCUUUUGAAAUGUCAGAUAGUAGACUGUAGAGGCUUAGGCCUUACAUUAUACAAAAGACAUGAACAUAUCAGCUGUAACUGUUUAAAGGGAAAUUACAUUUUCAUAUUUAAAGCAUUAUUCGGUAGGCAAAGUAAAAUGUUUUCUAGAACAGUUUUCCCCAAUUGAAUCAGUUCUGGUUAAGAAGCUUGCGUAGAGGAAUUUCAGGAAAAGCAACAAUAGAUGAACAUUUCAGCCCCUUCCUCGUGUUUUGGAAGGAGCCAGCCAGUGGGAGGGAGAGGUACGUGAGAGAAUUCCCAACAUGUAACAGACCAGUAGUGUUCUGCACGAUGUAGAAUGACAGUUAUUUUGUGUAAGUUUGCCCAAUGACUUGCAUGAGGGAUGUCGUUGCUUGCCAUUGUCAUGAACAGCGUGUCGUAUGAAAUUCCAUACAUUUUCCAGUUUGACAUAUAUGAUCCACUGUCAUCCUUAUUGUCAACCCCUGUAUUUACAGUUUACUGGCCUGUAUCGGAACAAAGGGAAAGAGCACGCAGUAUGCUACGCAAGUGCUUUAUAACAGAUAUUUUGACAGGGAAUUACAUUGUUAAAGCCUUUUUUUUUUUUGGUUGUUUGUUUUACACAUCAGAGUCCUUAAAAGUAUUUAGAACAUAAUCUCUGACUGCUUUGGUAAGUUGAUAGAUAGUAUCUGUAUAUGGUCUAUGCAUAGUUAGUACAGAUCUGUUGGGAUCUAAGGUGGUUACCAUGUCACCCGGACAGCAGAGUUUAGAUGGAUAUUGCAUGUAAAAGAAGUGUUUCAUAAAGGCUUUGAAAUGUAUAGGAAUGAAGGACCUAAGCUAUGUCGGUCAGGUAUUGAAGAUAGUUUUCACUAUCAGCUGGAUGUGUUCUGUGUGAAAGAAGUGUUUUUAUCUUGAUUUAUUUUGAUGUUGUGACAUCAACUGUCAUUUUAAGGAUUAGUAGGGAGUUUGAAACCUUGGUUUUAAAUAGUUUUUUUCCACAUACUAACAUUACAUCAGGGGAAUGGCAGAAUUAUGGCUUAUUUUAGCCAGGCAACGUAAUCUACACUUGCUCAAAAGGAAAAAUGUGCACAAUAUUCAGACACCUCACCAAUUGUUCACAGGUAACAAAGUAGUUUCCCUUACUAAUGAUGUCCCUGAAAUGGCAGCUUUGAAAUAUGUCACAACACAAACGUUUGAUUCUGCCACUAGAAAACAUGGUGUCAUCUAUGUAGGUGUAUAAUUUUGUGAGUGAAUGACUCAACUGUUAGUGUAUUAUUUUUCCGUUGUCUAUGGGAUCCAAAGGGUGAGACACCAGUGUCAGCUAAUAGUAGAUUAUAAAUGAAUGAGAUGUCUAGAAUGUGGAACGUCAAAUUGAAGCAAACUUAAAUGUGAAAAUGUAAAUUGUACGACUACAGUGUGUUUUUGUUUCUGUUUUUAUCUGCCUAUAUUUUGGAUUGAAAUGAACAGAUCCCCAGUUGGAUAAACACUCAUUGAGAUUACAUGGGAGUAUUUCUGCUGUGAUUCUACCCUAUAUUCUUCAGUAGACUGGGUUUUUCUGUUCAUUAUCGUUAUUGCCUUAUUUUGUGUGAUUUUUAGAGGUUGACGCUUGUUCAAACUGCUGAAGUACUCGACAAGCUUCAGCCAUUUAUUUUUGUUGUUGUGCAUCUCUGCGAAUGAAGGUGAUUGUUUACGAUGAUACAUUUGGUAAAUACCAGUUUCAUCACUCUUGUUUAUCUUCUAUCAUGAACAAUUUCGGUACAAUUUAAAAAAAAUAUCCUUAUUUCUUUAAUGUGUUAUACACAUUUGUGCUGCUUCAUAAAUGAUUGCCUUUCUUGUAUUAAACUAUGGGGAAAUAGAAUGUUGCCAUUUACAUGUAUGUACAAUACACAUUAUUACUUUGGUUGUCAUCUUGGGAGAUCAACAUAGUUGCACAUUUGUAAACAGUUUUAGUAUGUGGAAAAUAUUAUUAGCUAUUAGUAGAUCCUCAGUAGAAAAAAAACACAUCAUUUCUGUUCUUAUUUUGUUAUUAAUUGUACAUUCUUCCAAAGUAAAUUUGUUUCUUUUGUAUUUCUUUUCUUUGGAAAAUAAUCAAUAGUGAUUUAUUGCACAUUUUGGAUACAGUUUAAGAAGCUUUUGUAUCUGCCAAUUAUAAAUUAUAAAUACAAACUAUAUUCUGAAUCUGUGUUAAAGUUAAUUUGUUUUCAAAUCAAAGGGUGGCUGUGCUAUCACCUUGGAUUCAGUAAUUAAGCAGGUGAACACCAACGCUCCAUGUUUCUGCCUGCUUUCCGCUGUUUGUCUUUCUGGUGGGUUUCUUUUUCAACUGUCUUUAAUUUUCACUUAUUGAAAAGGUCAAAACAAAGCCUUGUCUUCUAAUAAUCCAUUAAAAGAGGAAGCUCCUCCAUAUGACUUUGAA